AUGAAUUUUAAGGAUGGAAACAAGCUGACUGCAGUGAAAAUGUCACUGAAUCGAUAUAUGCAUCCACGUAAUCCGUACAAAGAACGGCCACCAGAUUUUAACGAUCUUGCCACUCGAUUUGCCGAUUUUCGCGCUCAUUGCACACUAGGGACCAAUGGCAGGGUGUUCGUGAAUUUUCAAGAAGACGGAGCUGUGCGUUCCCUUGCCAAGGCUUUACUCAAAAAGGAUUUUGAUCUCGAGAUUGAGCUACCACAUGGCUGCUUGGUACCUCGUGUUCCUCAACGUUUGAAUUAUAUUCUUUUUAUUGAAGAUUUGUUAAAACUCAAUCAAAUUGAACAGGAUGUUGUCGGUAUUGACAUUGGCACUGGAGCGUCCUGCGUUUAUGCUUUAUUGGGUGCUCGUUGGGCUGGAUGGAAGUUCAUAGCCACCGAAGCAGACGAUGAAGCCGCUCAUGUAGCCAAUGAUAAUGUCGUUCGUAACCAGCUCACUCAUCUUAUACGGGUUGUACAUGUUAGUGAACACUCACCAACUUUGAUCAAGGAUUUGACUCGGCAAUUUAGUGAUCUGCAGUUCUCGUUCUGCAUGUGUAACCCUCCAUUCUUCGAAUCCUGUGAAACUGACAAGAGGUUUUCUGUCGAUACAGCUUCUGGAAGCAUGUUGAACGAAUGUGCAAUUGAUUCGUCCGAGGCGGAGCGAGCUCCUCCCCGAUCCGCCACAGUGGCGCGUCGAGGUGAGCUUGAAGUAGAGGGCGGAGAGGUGGCAUUCGUUGGGCGUCUUAUUGAUGAUAGCGUUCUUCUUCAAACCCAAGUCAGUAUCUACACGACUAUGCUUGGGAAGAAAAGCAGUGUCAAUUCAUUAUGCCGUCGGCUGUCCAGGAUCGAUGGUGUACGUUAUGCGGUAUCAACAUUAUCCCAGGGGAGAACUCAGCGAUGGGUGUUGGCGUGGACAUUCUUGGCGAAAAUACAACUGGAAAAUAAAAGCUGCUCAUCGCUAUAUCUCAUUUGUCCGAACGAUAUAAAAACAUCUCCCCUACUUUGGGUUCGAUCCCACUUGGAGCGUCUUGAAGUGGAAACAGAACGGGAAAGCGUUGACAUGCUCACUUGCUGUGCUCGUAAAGUUACCUGGACAAAUCAGCGCGCAAAAAGAAGAGCGGAGGCCAAGUUAAAUCCCCCAGACGCAAAAAGAACCAGAUUAUCCACUGUGGAUGUUGGUACUCAAUCGUCAAUGGGAGUUGGUGAUGGAAAGGACUCAUUGUCGAAUGCUGGAAACUUCGAGUCUUGCAUCAGUAUACCCUUGCCCAAUGGACAGGCUGAUUCCAGUAUUCAGGCAUAUUUUCCAUGCUCUUUACCGCCAUCGAUGUUACGGUUUCGUGUCAUACAAUCUCGCGAAAACGAUGGAGUCUCGUUCGAGUUUUAUCGACAACGGUUAUUAAACAGGUUAUAUCAGACUUUGCAAAUAUCUGAAAAACAAAUGAAAAUGCAUAUUAAAUAA